UGAUUGGUUUGCCAUCGAUUCCCUUCAUUCUGUGCGCCGGAAAACUGAUCAAUUGGGAGAAUAUGGUGCUGAGGCUAUGGCGCCGGCAUUACCGCAAAAUACCGCUCAUAUCGUUCUUCACGGGCCGACCGGCCGAGGGUUUCAACAGAGAGAAUAUGGAGCGGAAUCUAUUGGGUCUGGAAAACGCGGUUCAGAUCGAGCGCAACAACGGUGUCAUCAAUCACAUCGAGAUCAACGUGUCGGGCACUUCCAUAUGCCGGGCCUUCUGUGGCGCCCUAUUACUGCCCACUUUCGCCAAGUUUGUCGGACAGUGUCUCUACGAUAGCAUCGAUUCGGAUAUUCAUAAAACACUUUUGGGCGGCCUAACGUUCAUUGUAGUGAAGGGCGGCUUUAAAAUAUAUUUACGUCAACAACAGUUCAUUAGACAAACGAAACGCAAAAUUUUGAAUUACCGAGAGUUCGCCCAAACGCAUGAUUACAACUAAAAGGCAAAACAUUGCAAUCCAUUCAAUUAUUAUCAAAACCUAAAUUGUUUACAUAAACUGAU